AUUUGGUCCAAACAUGGCUUAAUCGUCUUAUUCGUGCAAUAACAAAGGCACCAUCGCUUUGUUAAAAAAAAACUAUGCCCGGAUUGUGAAGAAAAAUUCAGUAGAUUUUAAGAUAUGAAAAAGCACACAUUCAAUAAACACGACAAGGAUCUCACAUCACAUUCGAAGAAAGACCAUGGCAAAUCAACAGACAGAAUCCCAGUGCGUGUCUACAACACAAGCAACGCUGUCGCAACAUAUUUAACACUGCUUCAGAACUCGAGAAUCAUGUCAACAAUAACCUUGUAAAAAUAACGCUAUCGCUUGAAAACCUAUCUCCUGAAGACAAACGAUGGGUCCUAGAUGGUCGCGAUAUUUCAAGUCAAUUCCACAAAUAUCGUCGAUAUUAUAUUACUGCGUCGCGUACAGCUAAAUUUGCCGCCGAGAGCCGUUUCAAUGAGCUUUUGGCUAUGUCUGGUAUCCUUGUCUUGCAGCGACGGGGGCAAUUAUGAAGAUUUACCAACCGACAUUUUCUCACCCUCCUUAUUGAGAAUAGUGCGCACUGGAAUACUGGUCAAAUACAAGCGCAACACAUUCCAUCCGCACGUUAUAUCAGCAGCUCAAUAGAUUAUUCAGCAGUCUGUGGAUGAAGACAUCACGGAAACACGAUCCGUAAUCGAGCUUCUCCCACUUUGCGAUCCAGUUGUUACUUCCUCGCCACAAGACUACAUUGAACCAACAGAAUAUGGACGUGCAGUUAUCAUGGCAAUAGUAGCCUUACUCUCGUAUCUAUACGACUGUGAC